UCAAUCUGAACCGUUGUUGUUAUCGAACGGUGGAGAAAACGAAUGCCCAGGCUAUCACCGUGGGUACUCUUGCACCAAAUCCACUGACGGAGUUUAAAAAGCCAAAAAUUUAUAACUACGAUAGACAUUACUGGAUUUCAAAACACCCGUUGGCAGUUUGGUCAUUUCCGCUUUCUCUAGUCACACUCAACCUCAUCGCCGCCGACAUCGCAACGGUUCGCCGUCGCUGUACGGCGGUGCCGCUUUUCUGCUCACCGGGAUCUUCUGCACCGGAUUCGAGCAUCUCGCUUCGCCGCUACUCUCAACUACCGAUCACUUUCGAUAUUUUGCAAUUGAAAUCAACAUGAUUGGCUCGUUUCUCACCAGAGGCCUUGUGAUGGUUUUUGGUUAUGCAUAUCCAGCUUAUGAGUGCUUUAAAACUGUGGAGUUGAAUAAGCCAGAUAUCCAGCAACUUCGCUUUUGGUGCCAGUAUUGGAUCAUAGUUGCUAUAAUGACCGUUUGUGAGAGAAUUGCUGAUACUUUUGUCUCAUGGGUUCCUAUGUAUAGUGAAGCUAAGUUGGCAUUCUACAUAUACUUGUGGUUCCCAAAGACUAAGGGAACAACUUAUGUCUACGAUGCAUUCUUUAGGCCACUGGUUCUAAGACAUGAGCCAGAGAUUGAUCGCAAUUUGCUGGAAUUGAAGACUUGGGCUGGAGAUGCAGUAUUUUUGUAUUGGCAAAAGGCUGCUAGUUAUGGUCAGACAAGAAUUUUUGAUGUCUUGCAGUAUAUUGCUUCACAGUCAACUCCACCUCCCCCUGCACAGCCACGGAGGCAAGGCAGCACUAGAGUCCCCGGACCUCCUGCACCAGCAAAUCAGAGAGCAGAAUCUGCAACAAUAGAGCCACAAACUGAAGAUCGGCCUCCUGCUGCUCCCGGUGAACCUGCAAGCGAACUUGAAGAUGGUGCACCUCCUAAAACAGCUGUGCCCACUGCUUCCUUGAAUGCUCAAAAAACCACACCGACAAAACCCCUUGCUGAAACCAUCAAAGCUCCAAGUUCCAGCGAAGCACAGGCAAUGCAGAUUGAACCCCCCGUGCAUUCUCUGGCGGACGAAAGCACCAAACCCCCCACAGAUACUGUUAUGGUGGAAGGGGCUGCUCGAGUUACUAGAGCAAGGUCAAGGAAAAUCCAGCGUGCUGCUUCAGACCAGUGACUAUCGUGCGGUCAGGCCCCUUAGUCCCUUACCAUGUUACUUUGUGAAAUGUGUUUAGGUGGUAGGUGAAAAAGGAUGGUUUUAUAGGUCCACAAUGUUGUACAUUUUCACAUUUCUUUCUUUCUUUCAUUCAUUACCUCAAGUUGUCCGUGGUUUUUAAGCAUGGGCUGACAAAAAUGAAUGGGUAGGACCAAAUGGAGGCCUGUUAAUGAAUCUUUGCUCAUGACAUCAAA